AUGUCGCUUGCAUACAAAGUAGACGAGCUCCUUGCUCUGCGCGAUUCGGUGUCGGAAUCAGCCGUGUCGAUUGAGAAGUUCCCGGACGAGGAUGUCAUCAGAGAACACGUCUUGCGUCCAUCGGUAUCUGCAGCUGCGAACCUCAACAGCAGAUCUUCGAACAAGAGCCUUAAAGUUCCCGCCGCCACAGCACCCGUUCCCCUCGGACCUCAGAAACGACCGUCGCCUACACCAUCGUUCAAGCGAGGAAAAGCCGAGAAACUCCUCAAGGAGCACGGCAGCCCACCAGGUUUGCGAGUAACUGCAGGUGGCCGCAUAGUUCCCAGCGACCUUCCACCGCUUGGUACGUCCCGAUACGGCGAUACGACUUACAGACCACAGCAACCGUUGCGGGUCGCCCCAGGCAACGUCAUGGCAAUGCCGCCUCACUCAAACGCCAGCGACACUGCUAGGAUUGAGAUUGUCGGUGGCCAGCCCGUGGUUUUCGUUGGCGAUCGCAUGUUUGCACUUCCAGCUGUCAGCGCGACCAACCCUACACUGCCUCCUGGUGGCCCUGCCGCUAUGGAUCCGACCACGAAGCGAGCUCCGGACGCAUCUGCCUCGACUAUGCAUGGUGCUCUACCAGGUGCCGCCUUUGGUCCGCCCCGCUCGAGUACUCACACGCCGUUUGCUGGCAUGGACAUUGCCACACUCAAGACGCAACAGGCUCUGAAGAAGCAGGAGCUUCGCACCGUCGAACAGACUGAAGUAUUGCAAGCAAGCCACCAGAGCGAGGCAUGGCGAGCGGGCAUGAUUGAGAAGAAGCGUUGUCUGAUUGUUGAGCUGGAUGCCCUCAGAAAGCAGAUUGCGACACUGGAGGCAGGCGGCACGACAGCGCAGCCCAGCGCAUUUCCCAAUCCAAUUGGUGGACCCGCAGCACCAGGACUUGCAUUUGGAGCCCAGAACCAGCAGCCUUUUGCGCCUGCAAUGUAUCCCUUCGCUGCUGCCAAUCAGUAUGCACCCAUGGGGAUGUAUCAAGCCCAGCCGCAGCCUUAUGGUGGUUUCCCUAGCUUCCCUACGGUAGAGCCAGCACCGUUUGUUCCUAGUUCUACCAACAUACAGACGCCGCAUUCGCCUCCAGGAUCAGCCACUCGCCGCUCUCGCGCCAUUGAGAUCAAGCCCCCGCCUCCCGAGGACGUCAAGAAGCCAUCGGCUCUGAACCCAAAGAGCCCCACAUAUGAGCCCGCCACCAAGUCCACUGGCAUGCAAGGAGCUGUACCGCCUACCCCUUCGCCUGAGAAGUCGUCCCCUUGGCGCGCGCAAGAAGUGUCUGAGGCAAGCAAGCACGAUCGCGGAGUGUCAUCACAGAAGCAUAGCCUGUCGAGCGUUGAUACCAUGGACUUUUUCCCUACAAACACACAUGAGCACUCAUCUACCCGGAUGGCGCCACAGCUUCAAGAGAACAAAGCGCCGAUUGAGCCGGCGGCUGCUCCGUCUACACCAGAGAAGCACUGGCCUGCCAGCCCAUGGAACGAAGACCACUCGGGUCGCUCGAGCAAGAAUGAGGUGGCGCCCAAGCUCACGUCAUGGCCAGAGGCAUUUGGCAAACAGCCUUCAACGUCAUCGCUACGACCAAGCACUACAAACCAAACCGUCUCAGCAAAAACGGAGCGGAGUUCGAUGGUGAGCGCUCUCAUGGCGACGUCUGCUUCGAGCAGCAACGCAGCGCCACGAACAAACUCUGACCAAGGCACUGGCACGAACCAGAACUGGUCCCUUUCUGAUAAAGCUAUCGCGCAUGUUCCAUCUACGUACCAGGAGGGUUACCAGGCCGGCUACGACCACAUUGGCAUUCCUGACAGUCCUGAGGUGCUGCAGGGCUACAUCCAGGGUCUCUUGCAUUUUCUCACGGAUGAAUCCAAGAAGCGUCAGGCCGAGUAUCAGCGCCGUGCCAACUCUAGGGCUCCUUCACUCAGGGGACUAGUUGCGGGAUCGCUGCCUCACGACUCUGGCAUGGGCAUGGGCGUCAAUCGUAGCAGCUUGAGCGGAGGCCAGGAGAAUAUGCGGUUAACAAAGGGCAAUGUGACGGAUGAUAGCCGCCGUGAGUUUGGGCAGGGGGCACAAGCAAACAUGCAGGAUAUACCAAACCAGUACAAGAUGGGCGGUGAAGCAGUAGCAGAGUCGCGCCAGCGUGUUAGUUCGGGUGCACAGUACUUCAACUCGCCUGUUCUAUUUGCGCACAGGAUGGCGUCUGGUCAGCGACAGAUUGUGAUACCACGGAUUGAGGACGAGGCGAGCAAAGGGCAUCAGGACAAAGGUAUUGGGUUCCGUGGGGCUUCGCACUCCAAGGGUGGAGCAUGUCAACAGUCGUUUGGCACUCCGAUGCAGAAUGGCAGUCACGGCACGCCAUUGGCGACGCAACGCUUCUAUACGGGGCCGAAGGAGGGCAGCUCGCACGAGCUUGGCGGAUGCAAUGGGCCGUCUGGCAGGUCUUGUGCUGACGUCGGCCUAACAGGACUGGACGGGGCCAUGGACGAUCUGGUCGAGAUGAUAAACGACAGGCACGUUGACGAGGGCCGUACGUGUGUGGUGGCGGAGAAUCAGUCGAGCGAGGCGGGCAGUCGGAUGGAGUACGAGGAGAGCAAUGCAUGGUGCUUCAAGUCAUCGAGCAACAAGGGCAAGCAGAAGGCAGCGUCAUCGCCGAGCAAGACGACGGACAUGGAGCGCGAGACUGUGGCAUCGUCACGCACAAACACGCCGGGGUCGCCCAAGAAGGCGGGAGAGCAUUCGCCGGCCAAAGCGAAGCUGGAGCAGGUGACGAACAAGUUCCGGCGCAACAAGAAGGACGAGGGCCGCACCAUGUCUCCUGAGGAGAGGACGCGGCGUUCGGAGAAAUGGCGGCAGCGCUUCCAGCAACUCAAGCGCAGCGAGCUCGAGGAGAUUGAGGCGCACCGGCGGAACUCGGGCACUUGA